UCUCCCUUGCUUUUCACAUCCUCAUCUUUUGUCUUUCUUGUCCUACACGCUUAUAAAUCCAACUGUCAAAGACUCGGACUAACCAAUACACAGACAGGCGGGGAAAAUGAUGGAAAGGAUGAAAGAAGCACUGAAGGAGAACGGUUUCAAUAUCUCCAUUUAUCUGCGACUAAUCUUGUCUAGCGCCUACACUUCGCGAUAAACAGCACCACGUCAUCUAUAUUGAUGCUCAACAAAGAAGCCAAGGAGCAAGAAACAAAGAAAGGGAAACGGAAAGAGAAGACAGAGUGCUGCAGAGCGAAGUCGCACACCCCAAAGUCUUCCCCGUUUGGGAAAAAAAAAUUAUAUCAUCUUUGAUUAACAUCACCAGGACUCCUUCACAAGAACAGACGGUGGUGAAAACAAAGACAACUUCUUGGGAGGCUGGGACUGCAGGAUGUGGUGGCCCUGCCUGGCAGCCUUUCUCUGCAUCGCAGUUCUACAGUGUGGAGGUGAUGAACCCCAUUUACUGGUCCCUCCCCUGUCAGGACUACCCGAAGUAUACGACGACUUGAAACAGAGGAGCAAACACAUCGACUACUACUAUAUGGGGAAAACAGAAGGAGAUUUGGAAAUCCCUGUCCUCGUGCUCUCGAAAGACGCUCGGGAAAGAUCGCUGGUUGGAGUCCCCAAGAUCUGCUUCUUUCCAGCAGUCAGCCCAAAUGAGGGCUUUUCGCGGAACCUGAUGCUGCAAAUCGUCUGGAAACUCGCGAAGCAGGAAAACCAGCUCAUCACCUCGCUUAUCACCCAGUUUGCCCUGCACACUGUGAUGACCAUUGGCAUCCAGAGUGAUGAGAUCGACUUCAAAGGUGUGUUCGACAUGUUUCCCCCCACAUUUCUGGAGUCUGAACCGCCGGAGUUCUCCCGAAUUGCUGCAGAAUGGUUAAUCAAGACCAGGUGCCUCCUGACAAUCGCGUUCGGUGGUUAUGGCAGAGGUGUCGCCAUUCCUUUCUUCAGCGACCCAGCCGAUAUCUAUGCAUUCAAUGCUGCUGGACACGUUAUUCGCGAUAGGAGGGAGCUAGAGAAAGAAAGUAAGAAAACCGUUAACCCAAAGCUCAAAGACUACGAUGAAGAUUAUACUCCACCCGAAUACGAUGGCUCCAUUAUCCAAGAUAUCCCUAUCCAGAACAUUCUAGAGUCCUCGUUCCUGACACCUGCAGACAGGAAUAGAACCAGACGGUCGUCCACCUCCUUGGGGUCUGAUGGUGACGGCCCACGAGGUAAGACAGUCCUCAACUCUGAAACUGCCGAAGACAAAAAGACCUGGGCACAGAGAAAGUCACGUGACAAGGACCUCACUGGCUCAGGGAACUCGGCGACCGGAACUGAACACGCGCUCAACGGAAACAAAAAUGGAAGCGAUGCCAUGACACGGCGCCAUGGCAACGGGAGCCAAAGCCUUGACAACAUCACCAGCCCCGACGAUGGCGCGUACGGAAAAGCGAAGCGAUCCCUUGAGUUUCCGAGAGGUGGGGUCUGGGGACCUGGGGACCGGGAGGUGGGCUUCCAAAGAGGUGGUGGAGCUUCGGAAGAGGGUGAUGGGAAUAGACGAAGUCCUAGAGCUCCUCCAGGAAGGGGAAGACCUCCCAAAAGAGACAAAGAGAAAGACAAGAGAAAAGAUAAAGAAAAGAAAAAAGAGAAAGAAAAGAAAAAAGGGGAUGAAGGGAGCGAGGGAGAGGUAAAAGUGUGCUUGAACGACACACGCACGCACCCACUUCCGCCCUUUUAUGCGCCUGACCACGAAGACCUCGUCUACCUCGCCAGCAAGUUCUCCGACGCCUUGCAGUCCAUACACUACCCGCAGUGCAGCCUGGACGACAAGACCGUCUGCCUGCCAUUGAACAACACCGUCUUCACCGGCCGCACCUGGAGAUACGUGGCAGGUGGCCUGGCGGACUUCGCCUACAUGAAGGCGGGGACACUACCCAUGACGAUCUUCGCAUACUGUGCCAGCGAUGUCACCGGCUUUGGUUUAAAUCCCAGUGUCUUCGACCAGGUCGUGGACGGCUUGACAUCCCUCAUCCUCUCUACGCGCUACGGUGUGCGAGGGAUAGUCAAGAACACCAAGGACGAACCCUUGAUCAACGUGUCCUACACCGUUCUGGGUCGCGAACAGGUUGUCAUGACGACAAACGAGCACGGGGAAUUCUCGCGUCUGUUGUUGGGCAAAUACACCAUUCAGUUCCGCAAGGACGGCUACCACGUGGCCAACAAGGUCUUCGUCAUGCCGGACAGGGAAAUCCUCCUCAGCAACGUGACGAUGUACAGGUUGGACGAACGCUCCCCUGACCACAACAAGGACGAGAACGAGGACGAGGACCAGACCAGGAACGGCCACUCCAUGCCGGCUCUCGCUGUCGCUCCACUCGUCGCUGGCCUUCUGCUCUACAUCGUCAUCGUCCUCCACGAUGACUGACUGUCCUCGUCGCUCAACGUUGCUGGUGGCCUUUCGGUCACGUGACCGGACACUGUCGUGCGAUGAGGAGAAAGUCGCUACUAUCCUCCUUGGAGAAGGGUUUAACCUGACUACACAACCCGGGUGUAAACAUACGUUCACCGUGUAAACAUAAUUUUUUGUUGUGUAAACAUUUGUUUACCGUGCCAACAUUUCUUUGCUGUGCAUAAAUUUCCAUGACAACGUGUUUGUUUUGCACAAAAAACUCAUGUGGCAGGUGACAAUAUUUGUUUAUUGCGUGUAACCAUGGGUUUAUCAUGACAGCAAAUGCGUAUUAUGCGUACAAAUCCGUUCAACGUACUCAGAGGGGUGUUUAUCAGGAGUUAACAUGCAUUUAUUGUUAGUGGGUAGACAUCGUGACUACAUACACGAGUUUCGUACGUACACACGUGACGUGUUCGUGUUGCUUUGAGACAUGUUUAUAGUCUGUAAACACACGCCUAGCAUGCACUAAUACCUGUUUAUCGUGUGUUAGUAUGUUUACGAUGUUAAACGACGCGUGUAUCAUGGGUAAGUACAGUUUUUUACGUCUGUAUAUAAAUACGAUAAACGCAUGAAUGUCUGAUAAACUCCUGUUUAUUGUGCCUGUGCGCUCUGUUAUGUCCUCAAACAUUUACAGUCCCUCUCUUAGAGAAACCUAGCACACACACACUGAUUCCAUCAUUGGAGGGGUGACAUCCUUCUUGCCAGAAGACACAUAAUCACGAGUUUGGAAAUGUUAAAAGACUGAAAUUCGUCAUCGAAUUGGAAGCAGAAAUUUGUGAAAAUGUACGUGGAAAUAGAAUAAUUAGAACUGUUUGGAAAUACUUCAUGGAAAUUAAUAAAAUGUUGUUUUUAAAAUACGUUUUACUCAUGCAUUCACUUCUAAAGCACUUGCGCAACACUCGAGGAGCUUUCCAGGGAAAAGAAAUGAGUAGAGGAGGAGGUUAGAGGAGGUUAGGUCCCCCGCGGACUAGCUUUAGCUUGUUCGAUACCCGUUUGGCGAUGCCUGCUUUUUCCAGUUGACAUUUAUAUGUUGACUGGCUCCGUACAGAGUUAGCAAAGAAAGGCAGGACUAAAAGAUGGAUUAUGAAUGUCUGUCUGUACAAAUAUGUGUAUUAUUUAUAAUUGAGU